GCUCCUCUGCUAACAUUUCAAGGUAGAAAAAUUGCAGAGUGCACAUACUGAACAUACAAAUGAGAGAGAGAAGAAGUGCAUGUGGUAUUUUUAUACAAUGAUACUGAGGAUUCACUUUUAAACUUAUUUAGAUGGAAAACAAUUUUUUUCCUGCUGAUCUUUGCCACACUGACUGUUAUGUCCUUCUAUCUGGCUCACCCUGAGGAAUUCUUCCACUUUUGUGUUAGUCAUGGCUUUAACAGCAUUUUCAACACCAUCUUUUAGGGUCCCGAGAAAAGUGGUUUUGUCAGGAGUAUCCACGUGUCAGAAAAGAAAAAACAGAGGAGGAGGGAAGAUAUAAAAAUGAGGUAGCUGAAGCAUUGAGACCAAAUUCUGCAGUCUUUCACUGAUGGGAUUUCUUUGAAACAUGGAUCAAAUUGUUUUACUUGUUUCCACCUAACAGCUGGCGCCCAACCAUCUCUGAUUCUCACCAAAGGAAAUGCAAUGUUAAAUUUAACUAUUUGACUUUGCUGUCCAGUAGGCUCUGGAGGUUUUUAUAGCACUAUUCCUAUUUUUCUGAAACCACAUUAACAAAUAUAUUUAAAGCGAAAUGGCGUCAACAAGGGGUAUGAGCGAGGAAGAACAGAAACGCCUGAGUGCGCUCUUUCAUGCCUACGAUGUGGAUAAUUCGGGACUGAUUGAAAAACAUGAGUUCUUUACCAUUUGUCAGGAGCUCCAGGUACCAUCCAAAGAAGCAGACGGCAUAUUCGACCGCCUGGACGUCGACAAAGAUGGCACGGUGACCUUAGAGGAGUUCAUCAGCGGCUUCAGAGAGCGACACGAGGUGAAAGAAGAUGACAAAGAACCAGAGGAUGAAAAGUCCUCAGAAAGUGAGGAAGAAUUUUCAAACAACAAGGAACAGGUCAUAUCCAGCCAGCCACAUCCCUCCAUCAAAGGAAUGAGCGUGGAGGAGCAGGAUCGGCUGCGCUCCCUCUUUCACGCCUACGACGUGGACAACUCCGGGCGGAUCGAGAGAAACGAGUUUCUCACCAUCUGUGCGGAGCUGCAGGUGUCCGCGGCCGAGGCCGACCGGAUAUUUAACCGGCUGGACGUCGACAACGACGGAACCGUCACCCUGCUGGAGUUCAUGAGCGGCUUCCACGACCGCUACGGGGAAGACAUGGAGUCCGACGGAGGAGACGUGUCCGCCGCCUGGGAGAGCUUCGAGAGGAGGCUGGGCGAGCAGGCCAAGUUCAUCCCCAGGCAUGAACAAGCAGCGACGUUGUACCAGAACAUCAGUCUGACUGAGCCCAGGCUGAUAAAUCAGUUUGAGAAAGUCAUCCUGAACUUCACCAAAGAGAUCAAACAGCAGAACUCAGAGAUGGAGAACCUGGCCCUCGCUAUCAAAAGGGCGCAGGACCAGGCAUCAAUGCAGCUCAGUGAAAUGGAGGAGGAGAUGGACCAGCGCAUUCAUGCUGCUGAGAGAAAAACAAGAGAGCAGGAGAAGAGACAUACUGAGGCCGCACUGAGCGAGCUGCGGAGAAGUUAUGAAACCGAAGUGUGUGAGCUGCAGUGUAAGAUCCAGAAGAUGCAGAUGAUUGAAGAGAAGUACAAGACCAUCACUGUGAAAGACGAGAGCCCAGCUUUAAAGAAGAAGAUCAAUGAGCUAACACUGGAGAACCAGAAGCUGAAACAGGAGCUGUUGAAGUCUCAGACCAAAGUCGCCUGUCUGCACAGUGAGAUGGACUCGCUAAAGACAGAGCUUACCGAUCAAAGCAUCAGCAAUGAACGAGACGAAGAGCUCAUGAGACAGUUCUCUGAUGAGCGGGACACUCUGGAGAGCCAGAUCGAGAUGCUGCAGACGGCCAACAGGAAGCUGCACGACACCAACGAUGGCCUGAGAGCAGCCUUGGAAAGGACCUCCAGGUCUAACGGAGGGUCACCAGGAGACAUAAAGAACAGAAACAGAAGUAAAAGCAUCUGUUACACAUCACCCUACGCACUUAUGGAUAGGUUCUGCCAGCGUAUGGAUGAUUACCCUCUGUACAGCCGCCGGCCCAGCUGUGACACUCUGGCCUUGGCCAUGUGUGACCCAGGCCUGAGGCGUAGACACAGCAGUGAGUGUGAGGAGGACAGCCUGCCGGAGAUCUACGUGGACAGCGGCCUGUCAACACUCAGAGGUUCCCACGGAGGCUAUGACUCAGAGCAGGAGACCAAAGGUCAAGAUGAAGAGGACGAGGAGGAGAGGGAGGAGAAGAAAGUGGAGGAGGACAACAACGACAGCAUGAUGGGAGAGAACUCUGACACUGAGCCAGCAGAGACUCAGGAUGGUGAAUCAGCGUUUGGGUCGGACAGCAGCUCAGUUUUGGACUGGAAGCCAGCUGAACCCAAACUUGAAGCCCCGACCAUACGAAAAGCCCUCAGUGCCAUCAGUAUUCAGACCGAGGACAGGGACAGCGCUGACCUGGGCUACAUGACAUCAGAGAAGGCCUACAGGAUCGUGUUGGCUGGAGAUGCUGCCGUGGGAAAGUCCAGCUUCCUGCUUCGCCUCUGCAAGAACGAAUUCAAAUUAAACUCCAGCGCUACACUGGGAGUGGAUUUCCAAAUGAAAACACUAAUCGUGGAUGGAGAGCCUGUUUUACUACAACUGUGGGACACUGCAGGACAAGAGAGGUUUCGCAGCAUUGCAAAGUCAUAUUUCCGCCGGGCGGACGGUGUGUUGCUGCUGUACGACGUCACCUGUGAGAAGAGCUUCCUUAAUGUUCGAGAGUGGGUGGACAUGAUCGAGGAUGUGUCCCAGGAGGAUAUUCCCAUCAUGCUCGUGGGUAAUAAGUGUGAUCUUAGACAAGAUGGAACUAACUGUGUCCCUACCAGCUAUGGAGAGAAACUGGCCAUGACAUACAACACUUUGUUCUGUGAAACUAGCGCCAAAGACGGCUCCAACAUCCUGGAGGCUGUGCUGCACCUGGCCAGGCAGGUAACAAAGCAGGCAGCUUUCGAUGACAAGAGUCACUACCAGUCGCUGCCCAACUUAGAUGCUCCCAGGAAGAAACCAAACUUCUCCUGCUGCACCUGAUCAAACUCAUCAGAGCUGGACCUCAUCACAGGUGGACAAAGGACUAUAAAGGCAGAAACCUGCCAAAACAUGAAUGACAAUGAGGAACAAAUCAUCAUUAUGAAUAACUGAAACAAUUAAACAUAUGGAUCAAGUGAGCAAACAAUAGACCUAAUGGGAUCACAACACCAUACCCACAACUUCUCAUCAGUUCAGAUAUUGUUUUGUUGUUCAAGGUUAUUUAAACAUGAUGUAUUGAGCCAGGCUGUUCUCAUUCACUGUUCGUACUUUUACCUACGAAAAGUAAUGCACUGUAAUUUGUAUGUAAUGCACGAAAUUGUGAGCCAGGAGGCGGUGAUUACGUGAGCUAUGGGCAGCAGACUAUCUUCCUACACGUGAGGGGAGUGAUGGAAGAAGUCAGGUUAGGCAGAAUGAAGAGUGACAGAGUCUGUGUAGGGAGGCAGUCAGGUGGUUGAUGUGUCACAAAAACACAGACCUUUCACCCAGCAGAUAGGGGUUUGUGUCCUAUGUGAAACCAGACGUCAAUGUUGAGUAAUUUUAAGUUACGUACGUACUCAACGUUGGGUUACAUACAUACAUAACUUGAAAAUGCCCAACCACGAUUCUUCUCUUGAACCUAACCUGACCAGUACGGACCAUGGAUGUAUAAAGAGAACUGGAUACGGUGUUGGAGGCAGAGCCCCGUUUGUGAAAAAGUUCAUCUUCCAGGUAUAAAAUUACCUGGAUCUUCAGCAUCCAUGGACCCAUACAGUAAGCACACUAGCAUUUCCGAUUACACCGCCUCCCAACUGCAACUUGACAUGAAUAUCAGUUCAAAAUAAUACUGUAUUCACCUGUCAGUGAGUUUUACAAAUUUUAGAACAUAUUGAUUUAAAUAAGGACUAAUUAAGUGUUCGUACUGGAAAUUUGAUGUACCUAAAAAAAAAUGUAAGUCUAUGGGAAAAGGUCUUUUUUUGGGAUCAGAGGCAUCACGUGACAGACCCGGAAGUUGUAAUUCCACACUUUGGCCACUAUGUCAAAUUGGCUUCCUGUCCUGGCGCUGUUCCUGGAGGGUUGGCAGGAGCACUAAUUUGUAAGCUAUCAUACGAACAGUGUGCAUAAUUUUUCGUAAGACAUCAUAAGAACUCUAUAAGGAUACGUAGACUGAGCUGUGCUUCAGCCACAGCUUGGAGUCUUACUGUUCUUUAUUUUAUUACAUUUGAGUCAGUGUAAACUUCUUGCCAUGUUCAUUUUUUAUUAUAGUGUAUAUAUUACAUAUUCCACAUAUAUGAUUUGCACAGUUUGCCCAGACUGGCGUCGCCAUGUUGUGAAGAUACUCCAAGAAGGAUAGCUGUGAAGCCGAGUGUAUGAGCAUGUUUUUAAAGUGACAUUAGUAUGUGACGCUGACAGAUAUCAGCAUGUGACAGAGAACAGAGAGUUGCUUUUGCAUAUUGUAAUGUCAGAAAAUGAGACAAAUAGGAAUAGAUUUUUAUCUGGUGGAGUUCAGUAAUCAUCAGUUUCUGGUUUGAAUGAUCUGCUGCAUGUUGUUGGUCUGAAAGGAAACAGAAGUUUGUUGUUUGCUCCAUCCAGGAUGUGAAACUUUAUGGUAAGUGAACUGCAUCGAUGGCUAACAUGGAGACAGCCUCGUCUUUGUUUAUAUAUGAUGAACCCUGGUGCAGCACAUGAUUGUAUGAGACUUCAUGUUAAUGUCACAACCCAUUGUCUUAGUUAUAUUACCCCACAGUGUUAUCUUUAUUUUCACUGACUUCCCACUCGGGAUGACCAUCUGCUAUAGAAGUUAUAUGUGAGGAGCUGAUUGUAUAGCAGAUCAUUUCCAAUUGCACGAAUGGUUUAAAUAACUGCUGUAAUUUUAUUUCCUCUGUAGCUUUUCACACAGCUGCAAGUGUGUCCAUUUGGAACAAGUAUAAACAGUUCAACCUUCUUGGAUUUUAUUGGGAUGCCACUUCAUAGAAACUAGUUCGUUUCAAGCAAACUGAACCUUCUGAGCUGGAUAUGUCCUUGCUUUAAACUAUGUGAUUGUGUGCACAUGAUGACAGUCAGAUGCUUUGGAGCUUUGGUUGUGCACAUCCUGAGAAAUUAACAUUACAUGUCUGCCAAAUGCAAUAUGCACAGGGGCAGAACAGUGAUGUGACAGGGUCAGGGGUUAGUAGAAAUGUCAGCAGCAUCAAAAAUUGUGGAAAGUUUUGAAAACAAGCUAAUUAACCAAGUCCACCAUUACCAGCAUCUGUAUGAUGUAUAAUUGCAGCUGCACAGUGACAAAUGAUUCAGGGGCCUAACAUACCAUCUAUGAUGGCACCACUGUCGCUUUUGCAUCUGUGAUCUCAGAGUCAACAACAUGUUAACCUCCUCGAGUGUCACCAUGUUUAUUGUUUACAUCCUGUACAGCCUGAGUUCCCUGGUGUGUUCGCUAGUUCAAUCCUCCAGUAACAUGUAGUACAUAGGCAAGUAUGUGAGUAACUCCAUUCACAACUUAGCUGGCUGUCCAUGCAAACAUGUGGUUCAAAGGCAAGUAUAUCUCCGGCUUUUAGACUGUGUUUCAGACGCCACCUGGGUCACAGUCCUGUCGUGCUGUUGUCGCAUAUCUGACUCUCAGCAUCUGACUCUGAAGGUGAAAGACGCUCAAUAACCACCAGAUAUCUAAAUGUACACGUAGCAUAAACCCUCAGCUAUUUAUUUCCACACAGAAUAAAGUUCUUUUUGAAUAAAGCUCUGUCUGUAUACAAUGUAACGGCUGUCUGUCAUCACCACCUUUCAGCAUUCAGCAGGACAUGAAAUCUGUAUGAGGAGAAGACCUGAAGGUUGCUGACAGCUCAUUAAGUUGUCAAAAUAAAAAUG